AAAAAAAAAAAGAUAAAGUUAAGUGGGAGAAAGCUGGUUGUGAUGCUGAGUUCAAGCAACAAACAGUUCAUUUUGUCCAUCACCCAAUUUUCUUGAUGCAAAUUAUUAGCUUCUCUUCCUAAAUACAAUGUGUUUAUGGUCUCUUUUUGUGAUUACUCUUCUUCUUGUGCUGAGAUCACAUGUGCUUUGCCAACUUCAAGAGUUUAUCAGUAUUGACUGUGGAGGGACGAGUAACUACACUGAUAAAGGAACGGGGCUUUCAUGGAUAUCAGAUUCUGGGAUGAUGAAACAUGGGAAAUCAGCGUUGGUACAAAAUCCUAGAGAAAACAAGGUUCAGUAUCAGAGACGCAGAGAGUUUCCAAUUGACAGCAGAAAAUACUGUUAUACACUUGGUUCUGAGCAGAGAAGAAGGUAUCUAGUGCGAGCAACGUUUCAGUAUGGUAUCUUGGAUGAUGGUGACACAUACCCUCAGUUUCAGCUCUAUUUGGAUGCAACAAAAUGGGCUACUGUGUCAAUAUAUGAUGCCACAAGAACUUAUGUUAAGGAAAUGAUCUUCAGGGCACCCUCAAACUCCAUUGAUGUUUGCGUGUGCUGUGCUACCACCGGUUCUCCCUUCAUAUCUACCCUUGAACUAAGGCCCUUGGAUCUUUCUAUGUAUGCCACAGAUUUUGAGAGCAAUUUCUUCUUGAAAGUGGCUGCAAGAAUUAACUUUGGUGCUCCAAGUGAGGAUGUAGUCAGGUAUCCAGAUGACCCAUAUGAUAGAAUUUGGGAGUCUGAUCUUAUUAAAAGACAAAACUAUCUGGUUGGGGUGGCCCCGGGCACUGAAAGAAUUAAUACAACAAAGAAAAUAGAAAUAGAGACAAGAGAAUACCCACCUGUUAAAGUGAUGCAGACUGCAGUUGUUGGCACAAAAGGAGUCCUUAGCUAUAGACUAAACCUGGAAGACUUCCCUGGAAAUGCUAGAGCUUAUGCAUAUUUUGCAGAGAUUGAAGAUCUGGCUAAGAAUGAGACUAGAAAAUUCAAAUUGGAGCAACCUUACAUAGCUGACUACAGUAAUGCAGUGGUGAACAUAGCUGAGAAUGCCAAUGGGACCUACACUCUUUAUGAACCAAGUUAUAUGAACGUGAGUCUUGAGUUUGUGCUUUCGUUCUCCUUUGUUAAGACCAGGGAUUCUACUCAAGGACCUCUUCUAAAUGCAAUGGAAAUAAGCAAAUACGUGCAAAUUGCUUCGAAAACUGACAGACAAGAUUCAAAUUUUGUUAAUGCGUUUCGCUUCUUAUCAGCUGGAAGUGCCCUGAUGAAUGAAGGUGAUCCCUGUGUUCCAACUCCCUGGGACUGGAUAAAUUGUAGUACAACUACACCUCCAAGAAUUACAAAGAUAAAUCUGUCACGAAGGAAUCUGAAGGGUGAAAUCCCGAGGGAUCUCAACAACAUGGAAUCAUUGACAGAACUGUGGUUAGACGGGAACUUGCUUACAGGACAACUUCCUGACAUGAGCAAUCUUGUCAAUCUAAAGAUUGUGCAUCUGGAGAACAACAGAUUGACAGGUCCCUUACCAUCUUACUUGGGUAGUUUACCAAGUUUACAAGCACUGUUCAUACAGAAUAACUCUUUUAGUGGGGUAAUACCAUCAGGUUUACUGUCAGGCAAAAUCAUUUUCAACUUUGAUGAUAAUCCUGAACUGCAUAAAGGGAACAAGAAGCAUUUUCAGUUGAUGCUAGGAAUUUCUAUUGGAGUACUAGGGAUUCUAUUAAUAUUAUUCUUAGCAAGUUUGGUUCUAUUGCUUAAUCUGCGGAGAAAAACUUCUCGACAGAAACGAGAUGAAAAGGGUAUUUCUGGGCGCAGCAGUACUAAACCUUUAACUGGAUACUCAUUUGGUCGAGGUGGAAAUUUAAUGGAUGAAGGUACUGCUUGCUAUAUUACACUCUCUGAGUUGAAAGAGGCUACUAAUAAUUUCUCAAAGAAAAUUGGCAAAGGAAGCUUUGGAUCUGUCUACUAUGGGAAAAUGAGUGAUGGAAAAGAGGUGGCAGUUAAGACUAUGACCGAUCCAUCAAGCUAUGGGAACCAGCAAUUUGUAAAUGAGGUAGCCCUCUUAUCAAGAAUUCAUCACAGAAACUUGGUUCCUCUGAUUGGAUAUUGUGAAGAAGAAUAUCAGCAUAUGCUGGUUUACGAGUAUAUGCACAACGGCACUUUAAGGGAGUACAUUCACGAAUGUUCGAACCAGAAGCAAUUGGAUUGGUUAGCUCGCCUUCGAAUUGCAGAAGAUGCAGCUAGAGGUCUUGAAUACUUACACACAGGAUGCAAUCCAAGUAUCAUUCACCGUGAUGUGAAGACAAGCAAUAUUCUCCUAGACAUCAAUAUGAGAGCAAAAGUGUCAGAUUUUGGACUUUCAAUACUCGCUGAAGAAGAUUUAACACACAUAUCAAGUGUUGCAAGGGGAACUGUAGGUUAUCUGGAUCCUGAGUACUACGCAAAUCAGCAAUUGACUGAAAAAAGUGACGUGUAUAGUUUUGGAGUCGUUCUGUUGGAACUGAUAUCAGGAAAAAAACCUGUAUCCUCAGAAGACUAUGGUCCUGAAAUGAACAUCGUUCACUGGGUAAGAUCCUUAAUUCGUAAAGGAGAUGUGAUAAGCAUUAUGGACCCUUCCCUUGUGGGGAAUGCCAAAACUGAAUCAAUUUGGAGGGUUGCUGAAAUUGCUAUGCAAUGUGUAGAACAACACGGUGCCUACAGGCCAAAAAUGCAAGAGGUCAUUUUGGCCAUACAAGAUGCUUCUAGCAUUGAAAAAGGCACAGAAAAUCAACUCAAGUUAUCAUCUUCGAGCGGUUCAAAGCCACAGUCUUCUCGUAAGACUUUGCUUGCAAGUUUUCUAGAAAUUGAGAGCCCUGAUUCUUGCCUCCCCUCAGCCAGAUAACUUCUCUAUUUUUUCUUCACAUCAUGGUGAGUUUUGUACAUUGUUUAUCACUGUUUUCUUUUGCCUUUUGUCCAUUGUCAUAGUACUAAUAUAUGUUAAUACCAAUAAUAUUGAUAUAACCUUCAAA